UUGCAGGCAAAUCUUUUCUUGGAUGUGAUUGUUCAAAGUGACGGUAUCUAUGCAGUAUCCGCUCAUCGUCUUGUGUUAGCCACGUACAGCAAGCAUUUUGAAACAGCUCUCUCUAAUGUUCACGAUUCCGCUCUAAUUUGUUUGGAUAUUGAUUCCAAAACUACGGGGCUGAAAAUGGAGGAUUUACGAGAAAUCAUAAAUUAUAUGUAUAGUGGACACUGCAGUAAUCGAUCUCAGAGCAGAAUGCAAUUUGUGGCUAGUGCUCUAGAAAGUUUCUCAUUAAUUAGGUUGCUAAAAAGUGAAGAAGCUCGAAUUAAUGUAGAAUUAAACAAUCAAUAUCAUUCUCUAGAACUAUUGGAAGCUAUUAAUCGGUUCAGAAUGCAUGAAAAGUUUCUGGAUUGUUUUGUAUGCAGUGAGAACAGAACUGUCCUUCGAUGUCAUCGUUUGAUACUUUGCGCAUUCAGUACUCAUUUUGAAAAUGCUCUUCUUGGCACCGAAAAAAGUGCUAUUGUGACCGCUGAUGUUGAUCCAGAAAUUACUGGUGUAACCAGCUCUGAUUUAUUGAGUUUGAUCGAUUUUUUUUAUAAUGGACCAACUUCUUUUGCAUUAACUGACUACAAGGGUCUAAGACAUGCUGCAAUCGCAAUGGGUGUUUCUGAAUUAAUUGAUAUUACUGAUGGAGACUUCUGUGCGUUUCAGAUGGAUGAAAUGCCUGAUACCGACGUGACCUGUGAAUUUACGGAUUUCGUAGAAAUAGAGUAUCCAGAAACUAGUGAGUCUAAUUUUUCUACUAUUAAAGACUUGAAUUUCAAUGAUGAAAAUGGUAGCAGCAAUAUGGAAGAGGUCAUUAAUGAUGGCGUUGUGGAAAAUUGUCAUUAUAUAGAUCCAGAUGAAAUGCAAAUGGCGGGAAACGAUUGGAACCCAAACGAAAUGUCGCCUUCAAAAGCCGCAUUUGAUGACUACAUGUCCAUUUAUGAAAGAUUUGUCUCUGGUCCUAAUCGUGGUCGUAAGGGUCAUACAUAUAGCGAGAAACGAUUAGUGCUGCAAGCGAAAAAAAGUAUGAAGUUGCCUAUUAGUUCUAUUUUUAUAUUUUGUAAUGUCAUACAAUAUAUUUUUAAACAAUUAAAUUUAGUUUCGAACCCUCAGCAAUUUAUCAUUUAUCAUAAAGGUAUGGAAACAAAUAAUUGUGAUGCUGUCUGUGCACCAACAACGUCAUAUAUACCACCUGUAAAAAAGUAUCGUUCAUUGGAAAGCUUCAGUUACGGUGUGCCUGAAAAGGUCGUGUCACCUAUAAUAGUAGGUGAUCAAAAGGAAAUGAUGGAGAAACCGUUCAAGUGUUCAUUCUGUGAUCAUCGAACUAAAGAAAAAAGUGCUCUAGAUAAACACAUACGAUGUAUACAUACCCUGGAAACGCCGUAUAAAUGUCCUUAUUGCCAUCAAGGUUUUAAAAUACAAAGUAAUCUUGUAAGGCAUAUCCGAUCUCACACAGGUGAAAAACCCUAUUGUUGUAAGAAAUGUGGGACCAUGUAUGCUGAUAAGAAAAAUAUGGAUGCUCAUAUAUUUAGGGAGCAUUUAAAAGGGGAACUAUUCGAGUGUCCGGAAGAACUGUGUAAAGCUAGAUUCUGGAGAAAAGAUCGUUUUUUAGUACAUUGUAGUCGUUCACAUAAUCUUCACCCAGAUGUUUUUUGUAAAAAGUCAAGCUACAUGACGGACAAAGAUGUGGAUCAUUACAUAAGGCAGAACAUUGUUUGGUCAAAAUUGCCAUAUGAUGUCCGAACUGUGUUGGGAAAUUCGCAGAGGGAGUACGAUAAGCUUGUGUUGGAAUAUUCCAUUAAGAAUCAGUUAAGGUAUAAGGGUAAUAUAGUGAAGUAUGUAAAGAAAAGUGAGGAAACUUACUAUGAUAUUCUCUUGAAAUACAGUGAGACUCAUCUUAUGCUUUAUCCAUAUCAUUUAUCGGAUAUCAUUGUACGAGAACUUCGAAUGACACCAUUCAGUUAUUAUAUCAACAUCAUGAUGAAUCUUAUAAAUGCUGAAAAAAGUUAUGACUCAUUACCGAAUUUCACGGCUGCUGAUGCUAUGAGAUUAUUAGGAGUAGGAAGGAAUCAGUAUAUUGAGUUGAUGAAUCAGAAUCGUUGCAAUAAAAAAUUAUUUCGAAGAAGUAAAUCAUUGCGCGAAUUGUUACCUUCGAAACCUGUUCCAGUAAACAUUGAACCUUGGUGGCUGGUCGCACCAGGAAGUAUCCUAGAAAAUGAUAUCAAAUUAUUAAGUAGAAAUGAGAAAGAUUUGCUGGAUAUGCUUAUUGAUGAGGGCGCGCAGUUAGUCGGAACACUUGAUGCCAGACUCAUACAGCAGCUUUAUAAUCGAGGCUUAGCUUAUUUGGAAGUUCCAGUAAACGACGAUGACCAUAUUUAUGUCCCAACUUUGGAUGGCUUUGUUAUGAAUCGAGUAAUGGGUGAUUAUUUUGAAAAUCUUUUGUAUCAAAUAUUUGUUGCAAUUGACGAACAGACAACUGUAAAAAUGUCUCACUUACUUAUGUGGUUGCAGCUCUCAGAGACUUUAAAUAUUGAUUUGUAUUUGGUGAAGAAUGCAAUAUCAGUAUUUUGUCGACUUGGUUUUGCAAAAAAACGAGUAACUGGACUUGAAAAUCUUGCUUUGCAUGUAACAUGGGCAAGUCGCAUGACUAUUCCAUUAAAUGACGACGAUACUACCACAGCAAUAACAGCAGACCUAUCAGCUUUUUCCACUUCAUUGAGUUCACCUGCUGGUGCAGACGAAGAUGAUGAAAAUGAAUCUAGUUCGGAGGGAUUGGCCGCCAAAAAUGGAGCGCUCACGACUUCUUGCACAUCAUUGUCGCUAUCAUCUCAAACUCCAAGUAGUGGAAGUGAUCCUGCAAGACGAAUCGCGUUCUUAUUUGAUUCUUCGUUGACCGCUUUUCUUAUGAUGGGAAACUUAUCAGUUAGCUUGAAAAAUCAUGCUGUAACAUUAUUUGAAGUUGGAAAGCUAAAUGAUGAAUCAUUGGAUAGUUUUGUGGAGGAGCUGCAGAAUGUCAAACUUUUUGUGGAAGGUGAAGCACAAAGAUAUUCAGAGCAUGCUCAAACACUGUUAUCAACAAUAAUCGCAUUAAGAAGUGUUUCCGAAUUAGAUUUAAUUAGAGGAGAGAGCUUACUGUCAUUGGAUCAUUCUACACGUUUGCGUCUUAUUAGUAAAACAUAUAGGUGUUUGGUUUCAAUGGCUCCACUAAAUGGAGAAGCUUGUCCCUUAUUAGAGCCGUCUUCUGUUCCUCAUUUUGGUACUGUCGUUCCAGAAGUGGUUUCUCCAUGGUUUCGCUUAUUUUUAUAUGUCUUUACUGGUGAUGGACCAGUUUCUUUGUACAUUCCAAAAGGAUCUCGUCUUCCUGUAAUACCACGUGCUUUGCGUGGAUGCAAAUACAUGCUGGUUACAACGGCUUCGCAUGAGCCUGUUAUUAUUUCAACUGAUAAUUCUUUAGUCCAUCUAAACGAUACGCUUCAAAUGCACGCAGUAUUGGUCCAGGAGUAUAGUGCUGUUACUGACGAUUCCGAGGUAGUACUCAUUCCAUUUCCAUUCACUGAGUCCAACUCUCAAAAAGGCGAUUUUUCACUUCAUCCUUCGGUAUUAAAACUACGAGACAAACUGGGCUUAAAUUCAUUAUGCGGUUAUUUAACGCUGUUACGGAAAAACCAAACUUCUGGAUGUGAAAAAGUGUCACGAACCGCUAAUUGUAAUAGUGCCACAGUUAGUAAAGAUCCAAGGAAAAUUGCAAAUUUGCGUGCUCAGUUGCCAGAAAAUGAAACAUAUGACGAUUAUACAUUGCUUGAUUGUGUUUUUGGAAUACCAUUAUUUGAUGAGUAUUUAAAUAAAAUCAUCUGUCAAAGAAUCAGUCACUACAGACUUCUUAAUCCAACAAAUUUAAAUGCUGUACAAUUUGCGAAUUACGAUUUGGCACAGUCUUUACAAGCUCUGAUCAGCAAAUAUCAAAGUAUCGAAGAAAAAGAUUUGCCUGUUGGUCAAUUUUCGCGCUGGUCUCCACCAACUCAAAAUAUUCUUUUCCAAGAAGGACAACUAAGCAUAUUGGAUGAUUCCAGAGUAUGGUAA